AUGUCCCAGUGCGAAGACUUCAUGCUGCGCUCUGAUUGGCUCAUGGGCAGUAAGGAUGACCAACAGUUUAGCGAGGAUAACCUGCGGGAGAUUUUCCCAACACGCCACGCCACGCCACGCCACGCCACGCCCGGAAUGGGACCAGAGCAAACUACAGACUCCGACAUCAAUUCUGCAAAUUCACGGACCUCCGGUAAUGAGGUACCAGGAAGUGGAGAGAAAGUGGAGUCCGGACGUUACAGCCGCUCCUAUACGUCAGGCAGCUCGCUGGGGGCGGAGUUCAGGCGUGGGCGGCAUCGAAGACUCUCCUCUAGUUUGCAAGUGCCCUGUUGGCUCCGCCCCCGUGCUCGCUCUCCAGAGGUGCUCAGCAUUAUGCCCCGCCCCACAACACUCCCUCUACGUAUCCCUCCACGAAUUGCCAUUACACAUGCCGACCCAGACAACGUGGAGGUGGAGAAUGGAGUUUCUCCCUCUCUCAGUCCGUUGGAGUUGCAGGUCAGUCCAGGGCUGAUGCUUCAUCCCUCGUUCCCUCAGAGCCAGAGGAGAGAAUCUUUUCUCUAUCGCUCUGACUCCGACUAUGACAUGUCCCCCAAGACUGUAUCCCGUAACUCCUCCAUAGCCAGUGAAGGACACACAGCUGAAGACUUCAUUGUUACACCAUUUGCUCAGGUGCUGGCUAGCUUGCGUUCUGUGAGAAGUAACUUCACUCUUCUUGCGAAUCUCAGCACACCCACAAUGAAGAGGUCUUCACCGAGCCAUCAGGCUUUAGGACCCAGAACCACGCUGUCAGAUCAGCAGUAUGAACAGCUAGCUUUGGAAACACUGGGCGAACUGGACUGGUGUUUGGAUCAGCUGGAAACUAUUCAGACUCAUCGGUCAGUCAGUGACAUGGCCUCCAGUAAGUUUAAGAGAAUGUUGAACAGGGAAUUGUCUCACCUGUCAGAAACCAGUCGGUCCGGUAACCAGGUGUCUGAGUACAUCUCCAGCACUUUUCUAGACCUGCAGAAUGAGGUGGAGAUCCUGUCUCCGACUCUGAAGGAAAAACCUAUGAGCUGCAUUAGUGGCGUUCGAGAGCUCUGUCACACACACAGUCUGACCAACUCCUCCCUGCCUCGCUUUGGAGUCAGCACAGAACAUGAGGCUCAGCUGGCCAAGGAGUUAGAGGAUUUGAAUAAAUGGAGUUUUAAUAUUUUCCACAUAGCUGAGUUCUCUAGCAACAGACCACUUAGCUGCAUCAUGUACGCUAUCUUCCAGGAGAGGGAGCUGCUGAAGUCGUUUCAUAUCCCUGUCGACACGUUUGUGUCAUACAUAAUGACUCUGGAGGACCAUUACCAUGCCAACGUGGCGUACCACAACAGUCUGCAUGCCGCAGACGUCACUCAGUCUGUUCACGUGUUGCUGUCAUCCCCUGCUCUCGAUGCGGUCUUUACUGAUCUGGAGGUUCUUGCUACUCUCUUUGCUGCAGCCAUUCAUGAUGUGGAUCAUCCUGGAGUUUCCAACCAGUUCCUCAUCAAUACAAACUCAGAGUUGGCACUGAUGUAUAAUGACGAGUCUGUGUUGGAGAACCAUCACUUGGCCGUCGGCUUCAAGCUGCUCCAUCAGGAGAACUGUGACAUUUUCCAGAACCUGAGCAAGCGGCAGCGUCAGAGCCUGCGCAAGCUUGUCAUCGAUAUGGUGUUGGCCACUGACAUGUCCAAGCACAUGAGUCUGCUGGCUGAUUUGAAAACAAUGGUGGAGACCAGGAAAGUCACCAGCUCAGGAGUUCUUCUGCUUGACCAUUACACAGAACGUAUACAGGUGCUGAAGAACAUGGUCCACUGCGCUGACCUCAGUAACCCGACGAAGCCUCUGGUGCUGUACAGACAGUGGACAGACCGGAUUAUGGAGGAGUUCUUCAGACAAGGGGAUAAAGAGAGAGAGAGAGGAAUGGAGAUCAGCGCAAUGUGUGACAAACACACUGCAUCUGUAGAGAAGAGUCAGGUUGGUUUUAUAGAUUAUAUCGUCCUUCCGCUUUGGGAGACAUGGGGUGAUCUGGUGCAUCCUGAUGCACAGGAGAUGCUGGACACGCUACAGGAAAACCGUGACUGGUACCAGAAUGCCAUGCCACAGAGUCCCUCUCCACCCCCAGGUCACAGACAGCAAGACCACUUCCAGUUUCACGUCCCAUUGGACCAGGAAAACCAGGACCUAAACCACAUCCACUGGUCCAAACCCAGAGACAACACAUGCUUUACUGACAGCAUGGAUACUGGCUACAGUCUCACACACCAUGCCGAGGAUGAUGGGACAGGGGCAGAGAGGAGUGAUAUAGAGAGGAAUGGGGCUGAGGAUGGAGAGGGGGAUGAGAGAGAUGGAGAACAAGAGAAGGAUGAAGAGGAGAGUGAUAUAGAGAGGAAUGGGGCUGAGGAUGGAGAGGGGGAUGAGAGAGAUGGAGAAAAAGAGAAGGAUGAGGAGGAGAGUGAUAUAGAGAGGAAUGGGGCUGAGGAUGGAGAGGGGGAUGAGAGAGAUGGAGAACAAGAGAAGGAUGAGGAGGAGAGUGAUAUAGAGAGGAAUGGGGCUGAGGAUGGAGAGGGGGAUGAGAGAGAUGGAGAAAAAGAGAAGGAUGAAGAGGCAGAAAAAGAUGAGGAAGAUACAGAGGAGAAUCGAGAGAAUAUGCAGGAUGGAGAAACAGCGUUGGAAGAACUGAAAGAGGGAGAACCAGAGGGCUUGGAGGAAACACAGGAGGAGGAGAAAAGUGAUAAGGAGGAGAUAGAGGGAGAACAGGAAUGA